AUGUGGAUCCCGCGUUCUGCCUCAAGUCAAACACAAUUCACCUCGACUUCGGUGGAUGGCUUGACGAUCGCCCACUACACAACAAAACAUAGCCAGGACGACAACCAGAACGAGAUGAUUUCCGAUACAGCUACGAUGGCCGAGGAACCAGCAGAUCCUGCAUGGGAGAAAUGGGUCACCGUGAACGACCUCACAAUAUACUACCCUGUUGCUCUUCGUACGCCAAUCGUUACGUCAACGGAUGUUCUGUUCGAAGGCACACAGCUGCCAGUCCCCUUGGACACAAACUUGACCUUAUGGCCUCUCCCGCACACUGACAUUGUUUUCGAAGGACGCAAGGUUCAUAUCUACCCUUGUGAGCUGGGGAUCCUCGACAAGAUAGAGGUCGUUGGGGAGACAAAACGCUUUGACGUCAACACGGUCUCCGAUCGUAAGCUAUGGACGUUUGCAAAAACCAUGACCCCCGAGGCGUUUGCGGAGCACGCCAUCAUCAUGAAGUCACAGGAGAUUAUCUCUGCUGACAACACCAGGGCCGAGAGACCUGCUGAGAGCUCCAAAAAUGCGAGAGAUCAUGUCGCGCAGAACUUCGUCACUAUCAAUGGCAAGAACAUCUAUUUUACCACCGGAAUGAAGCCUACACUUCUAAGUGAUAACAAACUCCGCUUCCCUGGUGCUGGCAGAAAGAAGUCAAGGGUUCCAACCUCCAAAGGAUACGUUGCCCUGGUACAUCCUCUGGGCUGGACCAUUCAAGAUCACGAGUGCGGAGUUCAGCUUGUUCGAGACGUUCAGCAUGCAGCCGUCACAGAGAGCGACGAGGGGGAUAUCGCGGCGCGCCAAUCUGCCUGCGCUCUGGCCGGCGGACAGAUCACCUUCAGCGCAUCGUGCCCCAGAGCGCCCCUUCACCCCAUGUCAGUCCCGGAUGAGAGACUCUUGACGCUCAAGGGCUUUCACGUCAACUUUCCAACUGACGCCGCCCCGGAAAUCCACGGCACCGAGAUUGACUUCCCUGGGCUCCUUCAACACGUAGCAGCUUUCCCACUUCCUUCCGGCGGCUACAUAACAGCGCGUUACAGAGAGGAUAUGGAGGUCAGAUUCCGUGGCGACAGCCUCCUGUUCUGCUUCAAGCCUGAGCCCGCUAAGCAGAAUGCGCUCCCGGACCUUGAACAGGCUAUCGAUCAGGCACCGCGCCAUUGCAGGCAUUGCCCCCGCAUGUUGACACCUUAUGAGGAGGAGUGUGUCGAAUUCAAGGGCAUUCGCUUCUACUACCCUCCGGACCAGACGGCCAACGUUGACAAUGCUCUGUCUGAAGUUAGCUUCGUGGAGAACGCCGGAGAGUUGGACCACGUCACCGUCUUCGGCAUCAUCAAGUUGUACUGCCCGCCCCACUGCGACAUCGUUGUCGGCCACGAGGUACACAUAUAUCCAGCGGAGGCCAACGUGCUUCGAAGAUACGGUGAAGAUCCCCACCACCGGCUCUUGAUGGGCUCUCAGUACAAUUUGAAAGACAGCCGUAUCGUGUCUCUCGAGCUGGAGCCGCAGCGAAGGGAGGCUCGCAUCCAUGCGACCAAGGUAUGGACCGACGCCUGUGAGCGCGAGCGAAUCCGGACAAGGGACUACACGAUUGGCCUGUUCGACGAGUGGGCCGUGAUCAUAAACCAGAAGAAGCGGCCGUUCACCGCCGCGCAGGAGGCACGCUCCAUAGCCAUCGCCAAGGAGAUUGGGGUCGACCGGCACAUGCUCUUCGAGAUUACCAUUGGCGGCCUCCAGACAACGACCACCGGCCAAGUGCUGCCGACGCUGCCAUUUCGUCCCUGCGUGAAGUAUCCCACCCAAGAGGAGGACGCUGGCAUUUCGGACGGCAUCAAGAAGUUUCUGGAAGAGGAUGGGGCUUGGGCGAAGCAGGCCGAUGCCAGGGUCGAGUCGAUCAGGGGGAAGCUUGCCGAGGUCUUUCCAGACAGGCAGCUUCCUGCGCGGCGCACACAGCCUGCCGCGCAGGAGAAGGAGGUUGAGUGCACCGAUGAUACCGACGAUACCGACGCGAUCCUGAAGCAGAGCGAGAAGUGGGACAGGGAGCAAGAGGAGAAAUUCAGAGCCCUCAGUACGAAGAUGACCGAGCUGCUGAAGUCGCGAGGUUUUGUCAGACGAUAA